AUGCGUAUAAACGUACCUAGAAUCCGUAAGAUUGACACCUCCUCGACCUUGGCUCCAUAUAUAGUUGAGGAAGACACCACUGUCGAGGCCUUCAUCAAGAUGCAGAUCUUCGUCAAGACCCUCACGGGUAAGACUAUCACCCUUGAGGUGGAGUCAUCCGACACCAUUGACAAUGUCAAGUCCAAGAUCCAGGACAAGGAGGGUAUUCCCCCUGACCAACAACGUUUGAUCUUCGCUGGUAAGCAGCUCGAGGACGGCCGCACUCUUUCGGAUUACAACAUCCAGAAGGAGUCGACCCUUCACCUCGUGCUCCGCCUGCGUGGUGGUGGUAAGAAGCGCAAGAAGAAGGUCUACACCACCCCCAAGAAGAUCAAGCACAAGCACAAGAAGACCAAGCUCGCCAUCCUCAAGUACUACAAGGUUGACGGUGAUGGAAAGAUUGAGCGUCUUCGCCGCGAGUGCCCCGCUCCCGAGUGUGGUGCCGGUGUCUUCAUGGCCGCUAUGCACAACCGCCAGUACUGUGGUAAGUGCCACCUCACCUACGUCUUCGACGAGGCCAAAUAA